AUGCCACCAAAGGUUCCAUCCAACGCUACUUUCAAAAACAGAGAAAAACCACAAGAAGUGCGUAAAGCUAACAUCAUCGCAGCACGUGCGGUGGCCGAUGCUGUUCGUACUUCUCUUGGUCCAAAAGGUAUGGAUAAGAUGAUUAAGACGUCCCGUGGUGAAAUUAUCAUAUCUAAUGAUGGUCAUACUAUCUUAAAACAGAUGGCUAUUUUACAUCCUGUGGCCAAGAUGUUAGUUGAAGUGUCAGCUGCUCAGGAUGCUGAAGCAGGUGAUGGUACUACGUCUGUGGUCAUCUUAACUGGUGCAUUGUUAGGUGCAGCUGAAAGGUUACUCAGUAAGAACAUUCAUCCAACUAUUAUUGCGGAAUCAUUUCAAAGAGCUAGUGAAAGAUCAGUGGAAAUUUUAUUAGAAAUGUGUCAUAGAAUUUCUUUAGAUGAUAGAGACGAUUUGAUCCGUGCGGCAUCAACUUCUCUGAGUUCCAAGAUUGUUUCUCAGUAUUCUUCUUUCUUAGCACCUUUGACGGUCGAUGCUGUGCUGAAAAUUUGUAAUGAAGACUCUAAGACAGUAGAUUUAAAUGAUAUCCGUUUAAUUAAAAAAGUCGGUGGUACGAUCGAUGAUACCGAAACUGUCGAUGGUGUAGUAUUAACCCAGACUGCUGUUAAAUCAGCUGGUGGUCCAACUAGAAAAGAAAAAGCCAAGAUUGGUUUAAUCCAAUUCCAAAUAUCACCUCCAAAACCUGAUACUGAAAAUAACAUUGUAGUCAAUGAUUAUAGGCAAAUGGACAAAAUCUUAAAGGAAGAAAGGGCAUACCUUUUAAAUAUUUGUAAAAAAAUCAAAAAGGCUAAAUGUAAUGUCUUAUUGAUUCAAAAAUCCAUCUUAAGAGAUGCUGUCAAUGAUUUGGCAUUACAUUUCUUAUCUAAAUUAGGUAUUAUGGUUGUAAAAGACGUUGAAAGGGAAGAAAUCGAAUUUUUAUCCAAGAGUUUGGGUUGUAAACCAAUUGCAGACGUUGAGUUAUUUAGUGAAGAUAGAUUAGGUUCUGCUGAUUUAGUGGAGGAAAUAGAUAGUGAUGGUUCUAAGAUCGUCAAAUUGACCGGUAUAAAGAGUGCUAAUGCAAAGCCAACAGUCUCAGUUAUUGUUCGUGGUGCUAACAACAUGAUCUUAGAUGAAACAGAGCGUUCCUUACACGAUGCCCUAUGUGUUAUUCGUUCUUUAGUGAAGGAAAGAGGUUUAAUUGCCGGUGGUGGCGCCCCAGAAAUCGAAAUUUCACGUAGAUUAAGAAAAGAAGCACGUGAAAUGGAAGGUGUCGAGGCUUAUAUCUGGCAGGAAUUUGCUGAAGCCUUAGAGAUUAUUCCAACCACUUUGGCUGAAAAUGCCGGUUUAAAUAGUAUUAAAGUUGUUACUGAACUACGUUCAAGACACGAAAACGGCGAAAUCAACGAUGGUAUCUCCGUCAGAAGAUCCGGAACCACAAACACUUACAAAGAACACAUCUUACAACCUGUAUUAGUUAGUACAAGCGCAAUUUCUCUAGCAGCUGAAUGUGUCAAAUCCAUCUUGCGUAUAGAUGAUAUUACUUUCAGUCGUUAA